AACAUGUCACUGUCAAAAUCACAUUUAUUUUCAUAUGUACCUGUUUAAGGUUAGAAAAUAUAAUAAUUUUUAAAAUGUCUAAGAAGAUAAAUAAUUUAAAAUGGGAAUCAGUCGCUUUCGAUGGAUUCCCAACAUCUAUGAUGGAUAAAGGUUUUGUAGCUUUAGAAGAAUGCACGGACUAUGGUUUGGAUAAAAACAGUCGACGCAGCAAGAAGGCUAAGAAACCUGAAAAGCGAAAGAACAUCGAAAAUAUAAAUCCACAGAUGGUUAAAUCAGAAGUACCACAGAAAAAAAUUAAACUAAGCAAUGGUUUCACUGUAGAGGCUUGUAAGAAUAUCACACCAUCAACUACCAAUGAUGCCAAAGAUAAAAAAAAGAAACAAAACAGAAAGGAGAAAAAGAAUAAAAUCAAACAAGUAAAUCAAAAUGCCACAGAUGUUACAACUAAUUCAAAAGCUACGGUAAAAAAGAAUCGGAAACCAAAGUUAGGCGAAAAUGCAUCAGGAGAAACAUCAGAUUUAACACCGGUGGACAUGCUAUCCUGGGCUGAAUUUAAAUUGCCUGAAGAGAUUUUGAAAGCGUUAAUGGAGUUGGGUUUUAAGCAGCCUACUAAAAUUCAACAAUUGUCUCUACCAGCAGCUAUCCAUGGUCGAAGAGAUAUCCUCGGUGCUGCCGAAACUGGCAGUGGAAAAACUCUAGCUUUUGGGCUUCCUAUCCUAUCUGGUAUAAUGAAACUCAAAGAAAAGGCAGCACUAAAAGGACUCGAUGUUUAUGAUAUACCUUACAGGAAGAGUUCAGUUAAAAAGAAAAGCGAGGAAAUUAUUAGCAAGGAUAAAAAAAAUAAUAAGAAUAAGAAGUUUAGGAAAGACCAGAGACAAAUUAGAAACAAGAAAGAAGUAAAUAAAGAAUCAUCAGAAGAUGGUUACAUUAGUGGUGAUGAUGAUGAAGAUGAACAAAUAAGUAGUAAGGAAAUUAGAACUAAAGGAAAAAAUGAUGAGGAUGAUUUUAUAGAAGAAAUAGUUGUACCAAUAAAGAAAAAAGAAGAAUCAAUCGAUGAAGGCAAUGACAGUGAUGAACAGAAUUACAUUCACUUAUCAGAUAUGUUUGACUCUGAUGACCUGAGAUCAAGUGAUGAGGAUAGUAAUGAUGCUGGUGAAGAUGAUGAUGAUGAUGAUGGUGAUGAAACUUAUGGUGUUGAUGAAGUUGAUACAAAUGAAGAAGGUAUGGGAUGCGUUAAAGUCAUAGACAAUAUAGACUUGCCUGGACAUGUGACGGUCAAAACUGGGAAACCACUGUAUUGUCUAAUAUUGACGCCGACAAGAGAAUUAGCGUUACAAAUUAGCAGACAUUUGAUCGCUGCAGCUAAGUAUACAGGUAUAAAAGUAGCGACAAUUGUUGGCGGUAUGGCGGCUGUGAAGCAAGAAAGAGUGUUGCGAUCAGGUCCGGAGGUAGUGGUAGCAACACCAGGUCGACUGUGGGAGCUGCUGAGCCAGGGGCAACCGCAUUUGCAACAACUGCCUUCUGUCAAGUUUCUGGCUAUAGAUGAGACGGACCGUAUGAUAGAACGUGGCCACUUCGAUGAGUUACAGCCGCUGCUCGAGAGACUCAACUCGGACGAAGGGCAUAAAAACGCUCGACAGAACUUCGUGUUCUCAGCGACACUUACACUGGUACACGACCUGCCAGCACAUAUGAAGGGUAAAAAGGUAACAAAAAGAGGGAAGAUAUUAAACAGAAAGGUAGAAAAGAUGACACCGCAGCAGAAAAUCAAGAGAUUAAUAAAUAUGAUCGGAAUGACAGAUCCUAAAGUUGUAGACAUCACUACACAGCUAGGUACAGCAGAGACCCUAACUGAGAGUCGUAUUGCUUGUUCUUUAGAUCAGAAGGACGUGUAUCUAUACUAUAUAUUAAAAAGACACCCGGGACGAACUAUAGUGUUCUGUAAUUCGAUUGGCAGUGUGAGGAGGUUAGCCCAAUUACUGUCUUUGUUAAAAUGUCAGCCGUUACCCUUGCACGCCAGUAUGCCGCAAAGACAGAGGCUGAAAAAUCUUGAAAGAUUCCGCGACGAUCCACUCGGUGUUCUCGUAGCGACUGAUGUCGCAGCGAGAGGGCUGGACAUACCCAACGUUGAUCACGUGAUACACUAUCAAGUACCUAAGACGGCUGAGAACUACGUGCAUAGAAGCGGUCGUACAGCUCGCGCUACCAAGGAAGGUCUAACGAUACUCAUGAUGGAGCCCGCCGAAGCUUACUCCUAUGCGAAACUCUGUAGAACUCUCAAUAAAACGUCGGAGAUCCCGGCGUUCCCGGUGUCGGCGCAGGACGCGGCGCCCGCCCAGCAGCUGCUGGCGGCGGCGCGCGCGCUGGAGGCGCUGCAGCUGCGCGCGCGCCGCCUGCGCGCCGCCGCCGCCUGGCGCACGCGCGCCGCGCGCGACCUGGACCUGCUGCUCGACGACGACGACGUUCCAGACGUACAAGUUGAUCCUUCCAUAGACAAAGCGUUACGCUUUAAAAAGAGACAAUUGGAGUCUAUGCUAUCUAGGCCGUUGUUCCCGACGGGAUUCUCCUUCAAGUACCCAACUUUGAACGAUCCCAAUGCUCUACAAGUGACGUCAAAUGAAAACGCAUUGCAGGUUAUGAAAAAUGCGUUGGAGUCCGGUAAGUUGAAAAGAGAUAAAAGGAAAGGCAAGAAUGAAUCAUUACUCAAGUUAGGGAAGGCUUUUAAGAAAACAGUGAAGAUUUAACUUAAUAUUCAUAGACUGGAGUAGAAAUAAAACGAUGUAUUGCCAGCUGUUUAUAUUUUGUUCGUAAUGGUGGCGGUAAAUGGUUUUAUUGCUAUAAAUACAAGAUUGUUUACAAGUAAAGAUUUUUAAAA